CAUUUAGGCAUGCCUAUUCGUGCAUGCAAGAUUCCCUCCAAUUUUUCAUUGACAUGCUGAUAUAAACUGCCCUCCAAACAUUUACAAAGUAUAAGGAUUAUUUACUACAGUUGUGAGUGUAUACUACAGUUGUGAGUGUAUAAAGAAAAGGAUAGCUAAAGGAUAGCUAGAUGUCUUGUCACUGAAGAGAAAUUCGGUUUAUCAAAUUGUGUGGGUGAUCUACAACCAGUUAUAGGCUUAGGCCUUUACCGUGUUUACGUGGGAACAUUGGUGAAAUUGGAGUGUGGGUGGUGCUUGUGCUGGAUGGAAGCUCGCAUUUCUUAUUCAUCUGCGAGAAACUGGAGCUUUUGUAAGAUUACCUUAAACUUCUGUUGGCCUUGGGUAAAAAAAUAACAAUACAUGUAGUUACAGUUGCAAGAGCAGCGACUUUUCCUCACGUUGCAAGAUCGAGUUUCCACGAUAUCACUAUCAGCAAUGGAAUACUUCCCACAUGUCAAAGUCGUCCUGUGUGACUGGUGGGCCAAGUGCAGUAUCAUGCGACUAACUAAACUGCUGUUCCUCGGAGGCCUUGCGAUGGUCAUGGUGUUCAUUUUUUCCAGUCGCUACCUCGUGUCCGCGCCAAAGAGAGUGCAAUGGAUCGCCGCGGCGGACCUGGCCCAGCUAUUUAUUCCACAGAAACAAGAGAUGGCGGUACGAUCUCACCAACGUGUCGAUUCUGAAGUCAGCAUGGCCGACGCUCUUUACAAGAAAGUUCGAAUCUUAUGCUGGAUAAUGACGGCUCCAAAAAACCUGGAAAAGAAGGCCAAAGCCGUUUACGAUACUUGGGCAAAGAGAUGCAAUAUUUUCCUGUUCAUGAGUUCGGAGUCGAGCAAAACGUUACCAAAUGUUGUUGCUUUGGAUGUGUCGGAAGGACGUGAUCACUUGACCAUGAAAACAAUGAAAGGGUUCCAGCAUGCUUGGGACCAUUACCAAAACGAGGCAGACUGGUUCAUGAAAGCAGACGACGAUACAUUUGUCAUUGUGGAGAAUUUACGGUAUCUAUUGGCGCAUCACAGUCCAGAAUCUCCUGUUUUCUUCGGUCACCAUUUCAAGACGAUCGUGAAGCAAGGUUACAUGAGUGGAGGGGCAGGUUACGUCCUUAGCAAGGAGGCUCUCCGGAGAGUAGUCACGACUGGCAUUCCUAAGAAUAUGUGUAGGAAGGACCACGGGGCUGAGGAUGUCAAUAUAGGCGAUUGCUUGGAGAAGUUAGGAGUCAAGCCAGAACUCUCUAUUGAUACGUACCGGAGAGAAAGCUUCCAUCCAUUUAACCCGGGCACACAUGUCGGAGGAGGUUACCCGGAUUGGUAUUACAAAUAUACCAAGUACGGCUCAGGCAAGGGCAAGGAUUGCUGCAGCGAAUAUUCCAUUACAUUCCAUUACAUUGACCCGAACACCAUGUAUAUGUUGGAGUUUCUCGUCUACGGACUAAAGACUUUUGGCGUUAAUGAGAAAUUCAAUUCGUCGCUUGUCAACUCCCUCUUCCAACACGACAAGAAGACUCCUUACAUUCAGACUGUAGCAGUGCUUCCAACUAAAAAACCGGAAUCAGCAAAAUCUGCCUUAAAUACCGACAAAAAGGUUCAAAUGGAAAAAAUAAAAGACUAUCUGGCUAAGAAUAAUAUCAAAGUAGUGCAAAAGGCUCAGACCCAGAAACCUGGUGUAAAGCUUGCCAAUGACAAUAGUACUGCCAAGAAGGCAAAACGGUAAGGGGGCAGAGCCGCUGAAUGUGGAGAUAAUUAUAUAUAUGCUGGUGCAGGCGUGAUACGCCUGGUGGGGAUAGGGAAUAGGAAUAGGCAAUAGGGAAUAGGGAAUAGGAAAAAUAAUUCUAAAAUGUUGACCUUGAGGCACUUCGGAAGCCGCCAUUGAAAUAAAUGACGUCACUCGCAUCACCAGUAUAAGAGCGCCCCUUAGGUCACGUGACCAGUUGUCCAAUCCUCCUUGACCUGGCUUAAGGUAAGAUUAGAAUAAUUGUCGUGCUGAUCUAUCAAGACCCGAUAUACGCUCUUAUGAUUAGAUAUUCUGUCGAGCCUUCAGUGCAAAAAUACUUAACCUUCCACUUGGGAAAACAGACUUGAGCUACUUUAGGAGAUUUUCUUAAACAGCGUGCAUGGAAGGCAUCAGUUACCUACCAGUACGUGUUUUUCGAAUCUGGUGAGGUUUCAGAAUGAACUAUUUGCUAGCAAGGAUUUAAGUUUUGCUGUAUUUACUUGGGGGUAACUUCUCCCUUAAAGGCCUUUUGCACCGUCCGAAACUGCUGAUUCUUUCAUGUGCCUUUUAAUGUUGUCUUCUCUCUUGGAAUAUUUGAUGACAAUUUUUCACAGAAAGUAUAACAAUCAUUAGGAAUUGCUAUUUGUCUGCCCUCUGAAAUAUUCUUUGGACGGGACACGAAGUAUGUUGAACACUGCUGAUUCUUUAAGUUGAUCAAAUCGUUUUCCAUUGUUUCCUCCAUGUUGAAAAUCAUGGUCUAUCUAUGGCCAGCUGCUGCUGUUGUAUAGAAACACCACGCACGAUGAUAUCAUCAUACCCACUGCCGAAGAGCGAGUUCUGAUGACAUGCAUUUUGUACAUAUCAAUGGAUCUAUGAUUAUUUUAAUGAAACUUAUAAUAUAUGCAAGAACGGAAUACAAUCAUGUAGUUGAUGUAACUUCUAUUGAAUACGUGAUUAAAAAAAUAUC